AUGGCGAAGAGGAAGAAAUUGGCAAGGAAGCCUGUUACUCGCUCGGUUUCGCAGAGCUUGCCUUCAAUCCAAGAAGAGUCUACGCUGGAACGAUCUGUUGAUGAGGAAAUAUUGAUGGAUGGUCACGAACAGAAGUCUGAUUUGCCCCAUUCUGCUGAAGAGAGGGGUUUGACGGAAGAUGAUCUAAACAAGAACGUUGAGGUUGCGACUGCUAGAAAGGCUUCUUCGUCAAGCUGGGCAGAUUCAAUGGAGGAUGGUAAGAAAAUUGCUCAAGUUGAUGUUGAGGAAGUCAAGUGCCAGUCGGCCAAUUGGAGUUCUGCUGUCAUUUGCAUGGUUCUUGGAGCUAACCCGCCCAUGGCUGUGUUUGAAGGGUUUAUCAAAAGGGUAUGGGGUCAUUUAGGGAUUGCACAAAUAGCUAGGAUGACCAUGGGACUGACUAUGGUUAAGUUCAAUGAUGAUACUACAAGAGAUCAUGUGUUGGAAACUGGAAUCCUUCACUUUGGUAGGAAACCAGUGAUAAUUCGGCCAUGGUCUUCAGAUUUGAGUGCUAUUCGAAUGAUUCAUUCAAUUCCACUUUGGAUCCGAUUACAAGAUCUUGGUUUUCAAUAUUGGGGAAGCAAAUGCCUUAGUGCUCUUGUUAGUACUCUAGGCAAGCCAAUCAUGGUGGACAAGUUUACUCGUGAACGUUCUAGAGUUCAGUUUGCUAGGAUCAUGGUGGAGAUGGAAAUCACUGAUAAUCCGCCUAGGACAAUACAAUAUUUGAAUGAGCAUGGUCAGUUAAUAGAACAAGGGGUAGAAUAUGAAUGGUUACCCGUGAAGUGCAAAACAUGUGUGGGAUUUGGCCACUCUAUGGCUGACUGUCGUAAGAAGCAGAAAGAUCAGGGGAUUAAGAGGGACACUCCUUCAAAGAAGUCCACUGUGAUAGGGAAAGACAAGGGUGAGGAAGGUGCUAUUCUUUCUGGUGGAAAUCCCUCUUCAAAACAGAGUAUUUUCAAUGAGAGAAUGUGUAAUGUCCUACUACCUUAG